AUGGCGGGAGCAUUUCCUCAGACUCCUGGUGGCCUCCACAACGGCACGCAAGUCAUCAUUGGUGGCCAGUCCCAAAUCGUGACCAUCAACAGGCAAUGGCACGUGGCAAUCAUUGAGCAAAACACCAUCAGCGGGUCCUUUAAAACCAUCUGGAACUACAACACGGGCGUCAUUGCAACCAAAGUCACGCAACAGAACACCUGCUACAUUUCCAUCAUGAACAAAAGUGAGAUGCCCAGCUUCAAUAAUCUGGCCCGCCUGGCACAAGAGAGCAGGAACCAGAUCGGUUUUGGAAGACCACACAAGAAGAUCACCUUUGUCGCCAAUGGAUUGGUCAACAACCUCAGCUCUUACGGAUCAGAUGUCUUCUCCAUGUGCAGUGGACUCACCACCUACAUGGCUUACGAAGUUCACGGACUCCAAGUGAAUCUGGGAUCAUGCAUUACCCUCGAUGUCCUGAGAGUCGUGGAUCUGCAGUACUGCACUGGCAAUGGCAAUGGACAGUUUCCUCAGACUCCUGGUGGCCUCCACAACGGCACGCAAGUCAUCAUUGGUGGCCAGUCCCAAAUCGUGACCAUCAACAGGCAAUGGCACGUGGCAAUCAUUGAGCAAAACACCAUCAGCGGGUCCUUUAAAACCAUCUGGAACUACAACACAAACCAGAUCGGUUUUGGAAGACCACACAAGAAGAUCACCUUUGUCGCCAAUGGAUUGGUCAACAACCUCAGCUCUUACGGAUCAGAUGUCUUCUCCAUGUGCAGUGGACUCACCACCUACAUGGCUUACUGA